AUGGGUACGAGGACGACCCUGCCGGCAAGAUGGGUACGAGGAGGACCCUGCCGGCAAGAUGGGUACGAGGAGGACCCUGCCGGCAAGAUGGGUACGAGGACGACCCUGCCGGCAAGAUGGGUACGAGGGUUCCCAUGCCGUCAAGAUGGGUACGAGGACGACCCUGCCGUCAAGAUGGGUACGAGGACGACCCUGCCGGCAAGAUGGGUACGAGGACGACCCUGCCGGCAAGAUGGGUACGAGAACGACCCUGCCGGCAAGAUGGGUACGAGGAGGACCCUGCCGGCAAGAUGGGUACGAGGACGACCCUGCCGUCAAGAUGGGUACGAGGACGACCCUGCCGGCAAGAUGGGUACGAGGACGACCCUGCCGGCAAGAUGGGUACGAGAACGACCCUGCCGGCAAGAUGGGUACGAGGAGGACCCUGCCGGCAAGAUGGGUACGAGGACGACCCUGCCGGCAAGAUGGGUACGAGGGUUCCCAUGCCGUCAAGAUGGGUACGAGGACGACCCUGCCGGCAAGAUGGGUACGAGGAGGACCCUGCCGGCAAGAUGGGUACGAGGACGACCCUGCCGGCAAGAUAUAAACAAAACACAAAUGAAGGACGAGAUGCGUGGGGUUCUAUACAAGUGUAGGAUUGGUAAUAUUCCACUAGAUAUUGCCCUCUCGUGCCGUAUAUAUUGCCAGCUUUCACGCUCAACACAUUUUGGCCUCGCGCUCAUCAGCUCCAAGAAAGUGCAGCUUCAUCGAUUUCGCAACCUAGCAGACACCAGCAGCACCGCCAGUGUAAACAGCAGCAGAAAUUGCAGUAAAAUAAGCAGCAGCAGCAGCACCAUCAUCACGAGAACCCCAUUACCACCAGAACCAACACCAUCACUACAGUCACCCUCAGAAACACCUACCCGGUCAAAACUACAUGGAACAGGGCCAACACCACUUUCAGAAUCAGCAGCUGAACCAUCAACACCACCAGAUACAGCACCUGAACCAUCCACACCAACAGAUAGAGCACCUGAACCAUCCACACCAACAGAUACAGCACCUGAACCAUCAACACCACCAGAUACAGCACCUCAACCAUCAACACCAACAGAUACAGCACCUGAACCAUCCACACCAACAGAUACAGCACCUGAACCAUCAACACCACCAGAUACAGCACCUCAACCAUCAACACCAACAGAUACAGCACCUCAACCAUCCACACCAACAGAUACAGCACCUGAACCAUCAACACCACCAGAUACAGCACCUGAACCAUCCACACCAACAGAUACAGCACCUGAACCAUCAACACCACCAGAUACAGCACCUCAACCAUCAACACCACCAGAUCCAGCAGCCGAACCAUCCACACUACCACCACCACCAUCAUCACCUGUUCGAAUUCCCAAUCCUUCUCUGACACGGCUCUGCCAUAAACACCUUCACUAUCACCUCGUCCAACGAGCACCGGAACGGCACCGUCCCGAAAACAUUUGA